UAUGCGCAUAAUUUCAGACUGAUGUAAACUUGGCCUCUCACCAUGGAAUCUCCAGCACGGCUCAGCUCCAGCGAGCUCUGCUGGAGACGGAGUCUGAGCUUGACAACGUAACCAAGCAAGCAGUCGUUGAGAUCACGCGUCUACGCCAGGAGCUGGACGCUUGUAGGAAGAGACCGGACUGCCCUGGCCGACCACGUACAACUACCACCACAACGCCAACUCCCGCAACUACCGCAACUAUCGCAACUAUGGCAACUACCACAACGACUACCACACCCGUCAUUAUCAACUACCACACCACCUACUGCGACUUCGAGGACAACGACAACUGCGGGUACAACCAGUCCAGCCGAGGCGUGUCGAAAUGGUACCGCGGGGAGGGCAAACUAUCCUCUUUAACGGGGCCUGUGAGUGACCACACCCUAGGCACCCCUAGUGGCGUGUAUAUGUAUAUAGAUGCUUAUAAAUCGGCCCAGUGGUAUGCACCUCAGACGGUCAGUGCCCUGCUGGAGUCGCCUGUGUUCGCCCCCUCAUCCAGCUACUGUCUCCGCUUCUGGUACAACAUGUUUGGGGCGAACAUAGAGGACCUCCACGUCUAUGUCAAGGUUGGCGGUGGUCUUGGUAACCCAGUGUGGACGCGGUCCAAAGGCAACUCUAUCAUGUGGCUGAUGGGACAGGUGGACCUAGACUCUGAAUAUACCUCUAGGCCGUUCCAUAUAGUGUUUGAGGCAACAUCACGAAGUUACAUGACGAAGCCUACCAGCACAUACAAAUACGACCCCGUCUACCACGACACGAAAGGCGACAUCGCCAUCGACGACGUGCUCGCCUAUAACACAACUUGUAAAAACCUUCCCGAGUGCCCUCCUGGUUCCUUACUGCGGACGGGGAACGACAGCCGUUCUUGCUACACCUUCCACACAUCGGCCGCGUUUUGGUUCAGAGGCCACGUGAAGUGUAAAGAAGAGAAUGCCCGCUCCCAUUUGGUUGCCAUCAACUCUAAGGAGGAACAGGAUUUCCUUGUCAACAUCAUCAAGAGAGAUGCAGCCCUGACGGCAGCCGGCACUGCCGGCUUCUUCACCUCGGGCAACGACGAAACGAUGGAGAAGCAUUUCCAAUGGACGGGGGCGGAGAUUUCCAACAACGCUACCUAUACCAACUGGUAUCCAGGGCAACCAAACAACGUGGGCGCCAUGCAACAUUGCUUACUGAUGGAAUAUCCCAACGCGGACUAUCAGUGGGGAGAUGUUGAGUGUGACACCGCACACCCCUACAUAUGUGAAGUGGACCUGCCGAACGCCACGCACCAACCAGGGCCGUCUCUGUGACGUGUGGAAUAUCGAUCCAAAUAAAACAAUAAUUUCAAUUUGUUAA